AUGGGCCUCCAGGAGCUGGCGGUGUGGCUGCUCGCGGCGGCGGGGCUCGUGCGCGAGUCUCUGCAGGGAGAGUUCCAAAGGAAGCUUUACAAGGAGCUGCUGAAAAAUUACAACCCUCUGGAGCGACCAGUUGCAAAUGAUUCCCAGCCACUCACUGUCUAUUUCACUCUCAGCCUCAUGCAGAUCAUGGAUGUGGAUGAAAAGAAUCAAGUAUUAACAACAAACAUCUGGCUACAAAUGUACUGGACAGAUCAUUAUCUACAGUGGAACGUGUCUGAAUACCCGGGAGUGAAGAAUGUCCGUUUUCCUGAUGGACUGAUUUGGAAGCCAGAUAUUCUUCUCUAUAACAGUGCUGAUGAAAGAUUUGAUGCUACAUUUCACACUAAUGUUUUAGUCAAUUCUUCAGGACAUUGCCAAUAUCUGCCACCAGGCAUAUUUAAAAGCUCAUGCUACAUAGAUGUGCGUUGGUUUCCAUUUGAUGUUCAGAAGUGUAACCUGAAGUUUGGAUCCUGGACUUACGGAGGCUGGUCCUUGGACUUACAAAUGCAAGAAGCAGAUAUAUCUGGCUAUAUUUCAAAUGGAGAGUGGGAUUUAGUAGGAGUUCCUGGAAAGAGAACUGAGAGUUUUUAUGAAUGUUGUAAAGAACCCUACCCAGAUGUAACAUUCACAGUAACUAUGAGACGUAGGACACUCUAUUACGGACUCAAUCUUCUUAUUCCUUGUGUACUGAUAUCGGCACUUGCUUUGUUGGUUUUUCUGCUUCCAGCAGACUCGGGAGAAAAGAUCUCACUAGGUAUAACAGUUUUAUUGUCUCUCACUGUCUUCAUGUUACUUGUGGCUGAAAUUAUGCCAGCAACAUCUGAUUCUGUGCCUUUAAUCGCUCAGUAUUUUGCCAGCACUAUGAUUAUUGUUGGUCUUUCUGUUGUUGUCACUGUUAUUGUUCUACAAUACCAUCAUCAUGAUCCAGAUGGGGGGAAAAUGCCUAAAUGGACAAGAAUCAUCCUUCUCAACUGGUGUGCUUGGUUUCUGAGGAUGAAAAGACCAGGAGAAGAUAAAGUGCGUCCUGCCUGUCAACAUAAACAGCGUCGAUGUAGCCUAUCAAGUGUGGAGAUGAACACUGUGAGUGGACAGCAAUCCAGUAAUGGGAAUAUGCUAUACAUUGGGUUUAGGGGGCUGGAAGGGGUUCACUGCACACCUACCACUGAUUCAGGGGUGAUCUGUGGGAGGAUGACCUGCUCACCAACAGAUGAAGAAAACCUGCUGCACAGUGGCCACCCCUCUGAAGGUGACCCAGAUUUGGCUAAGAUCUUGGAAGAGGUCAGGUACAUUGCAAACCGAUUCAGAGACCAGGAUGAAGAAGAAGCCAUUUGCAAUGAAUGGAAGUUUGCAGCCUCUGUAGUGGAUCGGCUCUGCUUGAUGGCUUUUUCAGUCUUCACAAUCAUUUGUACAAUUGGUAUUUUAAUGUCAGCACCAAACUUUGUAGAGGCUGUGUCUAAAGAUUUUGCUUGA